AUGUUAAUAGUACCCGACAACCUGCUCACGCCAUCAUCAGGCCAUGACUCCGACAGGUCGAAGAGUUUCACGCUUUCUCAAAUCGACCAACUGCUUGACUUCAUCGGCCAUCAACAACAACAACAACCCUCAUCAUCCCCUGAUCAACACGAACGACUCGUCUUGAUCUUCUGGUCCUCCCGAGAUCCACAGACGGGAAAGAUGUGGUGUCCGGAUUGUGAAGAGAUGGAAGUGAAUCUGAAGAAUGUGCUCCAAUAUCGCGAGCUCGAUUCGAUCACCACGCCCGAUAAUAGCAUUCCUCGAGAGGACCAACCAGCAGCCGACCCGAGCGAAACGGAGCGGUCCGAGGGUCCUCCUUUGUUGGUGUAUGUCUACGUUGGUGAUCGCGAUCAAUGGAGGGAUCCUGAGAACCCUUUCAGACUCGCUCCUUGGAACUUAUCCAAGAUCCCUACGGUCCUAAAACUACGACCUCCUUCAGCCGACCAUAACCUGAAGACCGAGAUCUUGGUCGAUCAAGAUACUCAGUUGAUCGAAAAUCAAGCCAACGAUUUCAAGAAACUCUUAGACUUCUUGGCUUAA